AUGCCGAAAACAUACACAAAGGUAGUUAGCGAGGCCGAAGGCCACAAAAUGAUGGCACAAGCCGCAACGGAUGACUAUAUACCCAACCUACGAUAUCGUACUAUCGGAGGAGUAAAGGGACCACUAGUCAUACUGGAGAAUGUUAGGUGCCCUAAAUAUGCUGAAAUGGUCAACAUUAACCUUGGAGACGGAACCACACGACGUGGCCAAGUACUAGAAGUACGAGGGAAUCUAGCCGUUGUACAAGUGUUUGAGGGAACCGCCGGGAUCGACAACAGAAGCUGUAGUAUAGAUAUGACCGGUGAUGUUCUCAAGAUGGGAGUAAGUGAGGACAUUCUAGGGCGCGUGUUUAACGGUAGUGGAAAACCUGUGGACGGCGGACCUAGGAUACUGCCCGAUGACUACAUCGAUGUUAACGGAAAGGCAAUUAACCCUAUGUGCCGCCUGCACCCUAGGGAAAUGCUUGAAACGGGUAUAUCCACCAUAGAUAUCAUGAGCUCGGUAGUACUGGGUCAGAAAAUCCCACUCUUCUCAGCUGCCGGUCUACCACACAAUGAAAUUGGUGCACAAAUAUGUAGACAAGCGUCACUUGUAGACCGAAAGGAUGUAGUAGACAGACACCCAGACAAUUUUGCCGUCGUAUUCGCUGCUAUGGGUGUCAACCUAGAGACUGCCGCGUUCUUCAAAAACGAUUUCGAACAAAAUGGUGCCAUGUCUAGGGUCGCAUUAUUCCUCAACUUGGCUAACGAUCCAGCUGUUGAACGCAUUGUCACACCAAGGUUCGCAUACACAACUGCGGAAUAUCUGGCAUUCGAUAGGGAAAUGAAUGUAUUCGUUAUUCUAACAGAUAUGUCGGCAUAUGCAGAUGCACUGCGUGAAGUCUCAGCCGCCAGAGAAGAGGUACCUGGAAGGCGUGGUUACCCCGGUUACAUGUAUACCGAUCUUGCAAGUCUUUAUGAACGUGCUGGUAGGAUUCAAGGAUGCAACGGUAGUAUCACACAAUUCCCAAUCCUCACCAUGCCGAACGAUGACAUCACACACCCUAUACCCGAUUUAACUGGAUAUAUUACGGAAGGACAGAUAUUUGUGGACAGGAACUUACAUAACAGAGGUAUAUACCCUCCCAUCAACGUGCUACCUUCAUUGUCACGUCUUAUGAAAUCUGGAAUUGGAAAGGGACUUACCAGAGAAGACCAUCCAGCAGUGUCGGACCAGCUAUACUCCGACUAUGCCAUUGGUCAGGAUACACGCACAAUGAAGGCUGUUGUGGGAGAGGAAGCCAUGUCUUCACAGGAUCUAUUGUACCUCGAGUUCACUGAUAAGUUCGAACAGAAGUUCUUGAAGCAAGGACAAUACGAAAGACGUAGCAUCACACAGUCGCUGGAUAUCUGUUGGGAGCUGCUGCGCACGUUCCCGGAGGACAUGCUUAAAAAAAUCAAGAAAGAUAUAAUCAAAAAAUACUACCCUAGAGGUCAAAAUACCGAUUCGGAAGCUUAA